UAUUUUUGGUAUUACAGGGGAUCGGAAGACCCAUUAAUUCAUUAGCUUGUACAUGCUCUCCUCGACAAUCUUUGCAUUCCAAGAUAAACAAUCACCUUCCCAAAUCUAUCACCCAAAAAAAAACAAAAAUCACCUCCUCAAAUCAAAGGAACAAGGAAAUAUGAAAGGAAAAUAAGGUGAGAAUCUUCCCCCCAAAAAAAAUCAAAAAGAUGGGAGCUUGCUUGAGUCUCGUGACCAUGCAUUCAGAAAGUGCUCCAUAAAUAGAUAGAUUCUAGAGAGAGAAUACAUACAUAAAAGGAGUGACUGUAGAGAGAGAGAAAGAUCCAUGUGCUCACAUGGAUCAUAGAAGGGAGAGGAACGGGGGAAGGGAUGAGAGAGGGAAGAAGGGAAAGGAAAAAAGAAGCGAGAAGGGAAGAGGAGUAUUAGUAGCAUUCACUGUAGAAGGUAUAAAUAGGCGAAGAAGUGAGGAGACAAGAAGAGCAGAAAGCCACCAAAGACUCCACCUUUUUGGCUUCCUUCUCUUGCUCUUUUGAAGCCAGAGAGAGACCAAAGACUCCACCUUUUCCCCCUUCUUCUUCUUGUCCUCUUGAGCCGAGUGACAGAGAGAGCGAGAGCGAGAGAGAGAGAGAGAGAGAGAGAGAUGAAGGGAGGAGGGGGAGAUGGGUUCGUUCGGGCGGACCAGAUCGAUCUGAAGAGCCUGGACGAGCAUCUCGAGAGGCAUCUAAGCCGGGCACGGACGAUAGAGAAGAAGGAGGAGAGGGAGAGGGAGAGGGAGGAAUGGGAGAUCGACACCUCGAAGCUAGUUAUAAAGGGGGCUAUCGCCCGGGGAACCUUCGGCACCGUCCACCGUGGGGUCUAUGACGGCCAGGACGUCGCAGUGAAGUUGCUUGACUGGGGUGAGGAGGGGCACAGGACAGAAGCUGAAAUUGCUGCGCUUAGGACAGCCUUUACUCAGGAAGUUUCUGUUUGGCAUAAGCUUGAUCAUCCCAAUGUAACUAAGUUUAUAGGGGCUAAAAUGGGUGCAAGAGAUCUGAGUAUACAAACAGAAAAUGGUCAACUUGGUAUGCCAAGUAACGUAUGCUGUGUCAUUGUUGAAUAUCUUCCUGGUGGUGCAUUGAAGUCAUAUCUGAUAAAAAAUCGGAGAAAAAAGCUAGCCUUUAAAGUUGUUAUCCAACUGGCUCUUGAUCUUGCACGAGGGUUGAGUUAUCUUCAUUCAAAGAAGAUUGUUCACAGAGAUGUGAAGACAGAGAAUAUGCUUCUUGAUAGGACAAGAACCGUAAAAAUUGCUGAUUUUGGUGUUGCUCGUGUCGAAGCUCAAAACCCCAAUGACAUGACGGGUGAGACAGGAACCCUUGGUUACAUGGCACCAGAGGUGCUCAAUGGCAGUCCCUACAACAGGAAAUGUGAUGUAUAUAGUUUUGGUAUCUGCUUAUGGGAAAUAUACUGUUGUGAUAUGCCCUAUCCUGAUCUCAGCUUCUCAGAGAUUACAUCAGCAGUUGUGCGGCAGAACUUGAGGCCCGAGAUACCACGGUGCUGUCCGAGCUCUCUCGCUAAUGUGAUGAGGAGAUGCUGGGAUGCAAACCCUGACAAGAGACCCGAGAUGGAUGAGGUGGUGGCAAUGUUGGAGGCAAUUGACACAUCAAAGGGUGGAGGUAUGAUUCCUCUUGAUGAGCCUCAAGGAUGUCUGGGGUGCUUCCGCAGGUACCGUGGCCCUUGAUGAGGCGUAUUACCUCGGCCUAACGCUGCCAUGAUGGUUGCUGAAAAGAACAUAAAGCCCCAAAAGAAUGGAUAAAAUGUUUCGAGGAAUGUGAAAACAGGCAAGAGUGCUGAGAUAUAAUAGUCAUCUCCACAUUCGCCUUUAUUUUAUAGGAUAAUGUAAAUAUUCUAAUUUUCAUCUGUUAUAGGUAACUAGUCGGUUGUUGGAUUGACUGGUCUCCACAUGUUUUGUAAAUGACCCUAUACCUCAGUUUGGUAUAUCUCAUAAUUAUCUCUGUACGUGAAUGUUAAUGGUAGAACCAUUAAUCGGUGAUGGAGCAGAUGUUAUGAGGCAAGAACUUGCAUGUUUCUUAGUAUUCUGAAUAAAAUUGACUGGUGGGUACCA